UGCUUCCACGAAGACGACAUUGUGUGGAAUUUGUAGCUGAAGCUGUAUAGUGUUGAAAAACGUACUUGUGUAAUCGAAAAGAAGCAGUUUUAAAUUAUUUAGAUCGUUUAAAGAUAUUUUUAAUAAUUUAAGAUAAUAAUUUACUCUUUAUUUUGUAUACUUUUUAACUUCGAAUUUAAUCAAAUAAUUUUUGAUAUCAGCGAAUUAUUGCUUUACAGAAACCCCAAAAAGUUGUGGUCAUAGAUGUAAAAAAAUAGGAAAGAAAAUAUGAAAAAGACCUCAGGAAAACAGAAUGAUAGAAAAUUCUUAUAAACUGACCUUUAUUUAAAUUUGAAUACUUCACAGAUAUUGACAUUAAAUCGAUUUAUUAAUUUUAACAAAAAAUUCUUUCCAAACAAUGAUACCAAUGAUACCCUUUGAAUGUAAAUAUAGAAAAUAUGGAUUUAUUACGGCCAUGGUGAUUCUUAUUUUGAUAAUAAUAAUAUCUACUCUUGCAGUUACUCCCCUAGAUCAAGUAUAUACUCAUUUGUAUAUUGAAACUGCAGUUAGUUUGUUUUCGUGUCUUGUUAUGGCUGUAGUAGUAAUCUAUGUUGCACAUAGUCUAUUUAUAUGCUUGAAUUUCAGCAACAACACUGGUAUUUUUUUAUUCCUGAUACUAUUGUCUGAAUUACUGGUAAUAGUUGACGUGCUAGAAGAACGUGAACCCAUUAUUAUUUCAGUGACUCUAAUUAAUAUGGUUUUGAUCCUGAUAUUUAUGAACUUUAUAUCAAAAUUCUAUGAAGCGUGGAAAGACUGGAAGAAUGAACUAAAAAAAUUGGCUCUGGAAAUAAAAGAGCUUCAACACGAACAGGCGCAUACGUCUCAAAAUUUGAGAAGUUUUAGAAUUCCUCUAACUGAUAAUUAAAUUUAUUCUGUUAAAUAUUAUUAAAUAAAUGUUAC